AUAAAGUCGUUUAUUUCCUCAAGCAGCUUGCAAAAUAUCUCAUCCUUUCACUGCUGUUUCUGUCUGUGUGCUGGGAACAGACAGGACAAACAGGACAUGUCGGCCUUGUGAUAAAAGAUUAUGACUGGAAGAUGAGUUGAAUUCAGUCUGAAGGGGUGUGCAGUUAUAAGAAAAUUCGUUACAAACUGCUGAUGCACAUAGGUGGAUCAACAAUAAUGACAUGAGGAGAGUUGUGACACAACUGGUCUUCCACAGCCCUUGAAGCACAGCUACUCCCUCUCUUGGCCAGCUCUCUGGAGACAAGGGUUUUUGAAACAAUGCUGUGAAGUCACAAACUUCAAGAUACUUCAACGAGGAAACAAGCAGAAGAGCCCUAAUUUUCUGACAUCAACAGCCUGCAGCAGGAUCAGCGUGUCUUUCACUUUUUACCUUUAAAGAAUGAACAGAUUAGACAAAGCAUGGGGGUGAAGCAGGUUAGAUGCGAUUGCUUGGCGUUCAUUAUAAAGGUGGGUGUGGCAUAGACCACAUUACUACCCAGCCUAAUAGCGGACGGAACAUGUGACGCUACGCUGUCUUACUACUACCAGCGUCGUUUGAAUCCACGGUUAAAGCUCACUGCAGCUGCGAGACCCUCCAGCUCCACAGGUGGUGUUUUUCUACAGUUGCAGCAUGCAGCCAGGCGUUUUAAGAAGAAGCCAGCUGCUGGAUUCUCUGAAGGCGUACCUGAGCAACAAGGAGAGACUACAACCCAUAAUAGGCUUGGGCUGCAUUACAGAAUGUGUGAAGGCUGGUGCGUGGAGCACAGAAGCGCUGUACGUGUGUGGGGCGUGCGUGUGUCGCCUCAGUAAGGCUGACAUGCGUAACCACAUACUGGGAAGUCUCCACAGAUUCAACUACAUUAAAACCUGGCACCCUCACUUGGUAUCUAAAUGGCAGGAGAGCUCCGACCUGUCCAAGCAGGCGUGGCCGCUGAUGGAGAUGGCCAAGAAGCUUGAGGAAAAAGAGGGACCGGGAGACAUCCAGUUGUUAGAGGUUGAAGAUGGUGUAUACCAGAGGAUGGAAACAUCCAGUGAAAAUGACGCAGUAACUCUCAUAGGUUCCUUAAGAGAUGCACAGGGUGAAACUGAGAGUUAUCCAGAGACUACAGCUUUGCACUAUCCCACUGAAUCCCAGAGGACUGUAGUGUUUGCACAGAACCAGCCCACACGGUCCAAGAAAUCCUUCAAGGCUGACACAAACUCAGAGCACACCAGCAGCUUUCCUGAUGACUACACUGGAACCAAGACUCUCAUAGGUCUCGACUGUGUGGUCGAGUAUAGAAGUGAAGAUGGCUGCUCUUACUGUUUCUUAUGCCACUGCUGCCGCAUCAAAUCCAACAAGAAGGACAUCACUGAACACCUGACCAGCCCCUCACACCUCAUCAACUACUUGAUGGAAACUCAUCCUGAGGAGGUGACUGCGGAGCUUAAAGACAAACCUCACCUUCUUCAGUCUCUGGCAAAGAAAGUGGAGCGAGAAACGGGGCGAGGAGAGUUGAAGGUAGUGCAUGUUCCAGAAAACCUUUGUGCGCUACUCACUGGCAAAAAUUACCACUGGUGCAUAAAGAUGCUGCAAUCUGGAUGGAAAGGUGCUGACAUUAAACAAAAGGAAAUAGAUGCCAAAGGGCUGAGCAUGAACCAGACAUCUGCUGAAGGCAUGUCAGAGAAAUGCACUUUAAUGACGUCAAAGAGGAAGAAAAGAGUAAAAGCAAAGAGAGAGACUGUUUUUAAUGUCAGCCUGCCUAUUACCAAAGGUUUAUUACUGAUGAAGAGGAUGUCUUUCAGCAGCAAAAGCCUCCCUCCAUCAGCUACAUCCCCUCCCUUUAAUUUAGAUCUCACGUCCUCCCCGGGGUCAGAGAUUGUGGAGUUAGACUGUGAUGGUUUGUCAUCUGAACUAAACCAUGCAGAAACCUCUCCACUACAGCACAGCCCCUGUGAUGGAGGUCCAGAGACUGGUGGGUACACGCCAGAAGGAAACUUUACAAUCCCCCAUUUUCAAAACAGAGAUGGUUAUGUCAGUGACGGCGUGCACGUCAGUCAGUCUGAAGACCUAACAGGGAGAAACGACUAUGUUUACUGGGAAAGAAGGGAGAACAGGCAUCAUGACGACCAAGAAAAGUCAGCCGAGAUAUCUUCUAAAAAGUGGUAUAAGCCAGCUGCAGAGGAUAAGAAUGGAACAAGAGAGCAGGGUUUGAGAGAAGAGGCACGCAUAGACGCUGGUCCACAUUAUUACCAACAACACUUUCAGAAUUCGCACAUGCCGUGCGAUAAUGCAAGUCUUCAGACGGGCAGUGUAAGUGGGUAUUACGAUGUGUGGGGUCAUCUGGGUCCUUAUAUAAAUAGUGCUGGUGUGAACAUGCUAACUCAAUCAGUAGAUCCCUGUGUGUACAGCGGCAGCAUUGCACACUACACAGCGCUCACCAAUGACUGUGCCCAGGCAGCUCCACACAAUUAUGGGAUACCGACUACAUCUUGUGAAGCCAGUCAAGGACAGCGUGGGUGGAUGUCUUACCCCAGCUACAACACUGGCUCUCUGGCAAACCCUGGCCAGCACUUUCUCCCUCCGGUCUGCAGCAGUGUUACGGACUGGAGUCUAACACACUCUUAUGCCUUCAGCCAACCUUCUAAACCUCAGUGUGCUGCGUCCCAAACUGAUCUGUAUUUCAGCUGAAUCAAAUCACAUUUGGAUGGUCCAGCGGGGGAUUUACUUGCAAUGUGACUUUUUUAUUUUUUUUAUUUUUUAUUAUAGUUCUGCUGAUUUCUGUAAUGAAUGUGAGCCUGCUGAUGGAGGUGCAGUAAUAUAAGCAGUGUCGGGGUUUUUUUUUUUUUUUGGUUUUUUUUUUGUCUGCUGGGACUUUUAGGUUUAAACUUUGUGGAGACUGAAAGUCAAAGAGCACCAAUGAGGUGAAACAGCACUCCUUAUCCACUAAUCCAGUCGUUAUAAGAGAAGUAGAAGAAUUGAAGAUACUGGGCAUUUAAAUAGAACUCGCUCGUGUAUUUCCAAGUUCACAUUCAGUGAAGGCUGAGAAACGUGCUCCGUAAACACUAAACAGCUGCCUGUGUGUAUAUUUUUAUUCUUUUAUUGUGUUUGUUAUGAAGUUGUUCAAACUGGCUAUUUGUUUUCUGUUUUUGACCGUUACAGCAGUGUUUUGUUUUUUGUUUUUUUGUUUGUUUGUUUUUGAAAUCUACAUUUAUGCCUUUUUAACUCCAGAAAACAAGACAAAUGUGUGAAACAUCACAUUAGGUUUAAGUGGUUCACUGUAUUUUUUUAGGAGAAAUAUUGAGAUAUGUUUGACUGCUUUUAUGAAAUUAAACAGUUUUUU